GAAUCGAAACUUGCUUGAAAGAAGUCAUGAUCACAUAUUUGCACAAUGCACACGUUUCAUUGUUUGAUUCGUAACUAAGCAUCGCUUCAUUGACUUCAGUAUACAACUAUCAUGAUAAUGUGUAAAUGCAGACGUCUGUGGAAAAUCAGUACAAGGGUGAAUACUGUUCUGAUCAGCAGUACCUAAACAGAAUAAACCGUGCAUGACCAGACCUAUCAAUUUUGCUACAAAGUGCGAAGAAAAAGCAGGGCCUCCAGUAUGUAUGAUUAACGAGCUCGCGUCGGGAGGGAUGUGAAAAAAAGGGGAGCUUUAUAAAACAAUUCCUUUUAACCUAAACAAUGGAGUUUGGAUUUUGAAUCGUCCCUCUGUGUAAGUUUAGAUGAUCAGCCAUGUCGGAUAGGACAUCACCACCACAGAGACUGCAAGAGGAUGGGGAUAGCGAUUACGAAGGCUUGGAAGAACCCCCAAUUCGGCGCCAGUUACAGAACAUCCUGCAGCAGUAUCCAGAUGGUCCCCAAAUCAUUAGGGAGUUGGUGCAGAAUGCAGAAGAUGCAGAAGCCAGUGUCUUUAAAGUCAUGCUUUGUGAGGAGGAUCAUUUAGGCCCAGGAGAUUUUCAUCCCAUGUACAGAAAAAUUUUCCAAGGACCAGCCUUGUGUGCAUUUAAUGACAGUGUCUUCUCGGAAAAUGACUGGAAAGGCAUAAAAAAGAUUUAUACCAGUGUGAAGGAGAAAGAUGCCCUUAAAAUUGGACGAUUCGGUUUAGGAUUCAAAUCUGUAUUUCAUCUUACAGAUACGCCCAUCAUAGUGAGUGGAGACCGAUUGCUGGUCAUCAACCCCACUAGGACCACAGACAAAGUUUGUCACAAUGUCACAUUCAAAAAGCUGACCUCUGAAAAAUACAAAACGACUCUUUGGCCAGUACUAAAGAGAGUUUUCAAAAUGGAUGCAGGAGGAUUUUUUGGAUUUGACACAUCUUCUGUGGAGGAAGAAAAUUAUCCAAAUACUUUGUUUUGGUUUCCUUUGAGGCAAGAACCAUCUUCACUUUUGAACAAGGUCUGUCCACCCUCCAAGAUAAAGAGCCUAAUGGAGUCCUUCAGGAAAGAGGCUGACACCAUUCUCCUGUUUCUUCAGAACAUUAACACAAUCACCAUCAUGGAAAACAAGGACAGCAUACUGUAUGAAGUUACAAUAGAAGGAGUAGGUGCAUCCAAGCAAGAGUUUUCCAAAUCCAGAACAUUCAUACAGAAUCAGUUGAAGAGCUUAAAAACUAAACCAGACCAUUCCUUAAGCGUCACUUACAAUGCUCAGCUGACUACCAGCAAUGUGAAAGAGGGACACCAAAAGACAGCAAGGUUCAAAAUAGUCAGCUUCUUUCAAGGCACAACUGAAAUGUCACAGGCUCUUAGGAAGCUGUCGGAGGAAGGCGACAAUGUUCCGUUUGUAGGGGUAGCUUACCCACUGCAGUUAGAUGAAUCGUUCAGUGCACAUGUUUUCUGUUUUCUACCUUUGCCUCUGCAGUCCAAAAGUUUGACCAAUUUACCCAUACAUGUGAAUGGGUUCUUUAACCUUGAUCCAACAAGGGAUCAUGUCUUACAAGCCACAUCAGGGCAAGUUGGAAAAAGAGAUGAUAAAAUUACAUGGAACGAGCUGUUGAUCAUGGAGGUAAUGUCUCAGGCAUAUGUGAAGCUCUUUGUGCAUCUCAAAAGGGAAGGUAGCCCCGCAGAAGUUAUCUACCGUUGUUUGCCAGAAGUUGAAAACGUUGACUGUGAACUAUGGAGGAAACUCCUUCCAUCAGUUUUUGAGCAUGUCCUCAAAAUGGAAGUCUUUCAGACUGAAAGAGUAAAGAAAACAUGGGUUAGUUUUGAAAAUGCUGUAUUUGAUGUGUUUGAUAAGGAAAAAGGAGAAAUCACCAGAGAAAUAGGAGACCAAGUCAUAGAACUGAUCAAAGACUAUGAUGAAAAUAUAGUCUUGUUGCCAAAGAAUUUGAAAAGUUUAGUAGAGUCCUGGACUAUGUACAACUUUCUUCCUGAAGUUCAUCCAAAAGUCAUCAGUUCAGGAUAUGUAGCUGGCCUUUUACACAAAGAUCCACAAUAUAAAGUGAAGUCCAGAGAAAGCAAAAUAAUCCUGCUGGACUACUUUUUGAGAUGUGCUGAUCCUAAGGAUUUCAGAGAACUGGAAUUGCUGCCCUCAGAUGAUGAGACCCACUUUCUGUCUUUUGUAUCCAAAGGACACUUAUACUUGUGUUCUAAUAAAAAGACACCUGCAUUGUUUCCAAAGCUAGAGAAACAGUUUUUGUCAGAUUUGCCAAACGACAUGACAACCAGCCUUCUGAAAAUUCCAAACAAUGUGGUGAAGGAGUGGUCUCCUGAAAAUUUCUCACAUUUGCUGAAAGAAUCGAUCAAAGUUCAGGGAAUCAAAUCGGCCUCCAAGCUCACUAGCCAAGACAGAAAAAAGGUGUCAUUGUGGAUUAAAAGAGUAUGGACAUUUUUGUCAGAAAAUCAAGAACUGAUCCAGGAGGUUGAAAACCUUCCGAUUCUACUGGAGAAGGAAACUGGAAAAGAAAUUAUUCAAAGACUGCAUGUGUUGAAAGGAGAUUAUAUGCUAACAAAAUCACAGAAUUUGUCUCCACUUCCAAAUUCAAUGAGAACAAUUUUGGAAACAUGUGGUAUGAUUUUACUAGACGAAGUUUUAUUUGUCCAAUAUCCAACAGUCACAAAAUAUAUUGCACAGCCAACAGUCAAAAAUGUUUGCAAUGUGUUGGAAAAAGCCUUAAGAAAUGAUGAGAGAUACAUUGACAAGAUUAAUUCUCUACCAGAGGCAGUGAGAAAACAGUUUGCUCAAUUCAUGGUAGCUUGUGCCCCAUGUGAUAUGACAGAUUCCUUAACUACAUUUCUAAGGAGAGUGAAAUUAUUCCCAGUAUCCUAUUCACAUGGAGCCAUCCAAGACCUUUAUGCAGUUGAUGGUGUUAAAGGAAUAGCACCCAAAGGUUUGAAAAAAUUUCCUGUCAAGUAUUGCACUCUUCUGAUCGAUGGAAAUUAUCAACAUCUGUCUUUUGUUGAAAGUUUGGGUUGCCAGGAAUAUGAAGAAGAGAGGUUGAUGGAGGAGACUUUGUGCAGAAUACUUAGGAAAGAAGUUUAUCAAGCAAGGGAAGUGGCCAUGUUUAUGAAAUAUUUCAUGAAUAGACUCAAUGACUCUACCCCUAAUGUGCAGUUAGAGAUUGCAUCUGCUAUUCCAUUCAUUAAGAAUGGAAAUAAAGAAUUGAAACCUCCAAAGGAUUUCUUUGAUCCACUGAAUGCUGAAUUGUGUGAGCUUUUCCUAGGAGAGGAAAAUAUUCGUUUUCCAGACAGUCCUGAAAAAUUGCAAAGCAUUGGUUUGAAACUACACAAACUGAAGAUAAAAUCCACUGCAGAUGUCACCACAAAGGAUUUAUUAGAAACAAUCACUUUUAUAGAAGCAAAAGGUGCAAAACUAGAUUCCUCUAAACUGAAGAAGAAGGCAACUGCUUGCUUAAACUUUGCUACGAAUUUGCAGCAAGAUUCAGAAUUUGAAGACUUCAUUAAUAGAAUAAGGCAACUGCAUUGGAUUCCAGUGAUGGAAAUGAGACCAGUCAAAUAUCCAAAGCAGAUGAAAUGGAGAGGAGAGGAGAGAAAAGGACCAUGCAAGCCCACCGAAGCUUGUUCUCAAGAUUAUAGUUCACUAGUUGGAUCUGUGUGUUUUAUAUCUGACUGUGAUCAAACUCAAAACCUGUUAGACAGAUUACUGCAUCAACCAACCUCAGAUUUGGUCAUUCAACAAUUGAAACAUUUAUCAGAAAAGUAUAAACAUUCGAAGAAUACAAUUGAAUAUGAGUUGAUGCUUAAGGAGUUGUAUGAGUAUUUGGCCUCAAAGCCCAUAUCUACAGAAGAUUUGAAAUUUGAAGAUGUUGUUCCAACCAAAUCGUCAUUCACAAGAAGUUCAAAUAUCUACCUUGAAUUUCUGACAAAUACUCACCAAAUAUCGUUAGAGCCUUACAUGUACCAAUUGAGUGAAAAAUGGUUGGAGUCUGAAAUGAGAAUUUUUUUUAUUUCUAUUGGCUGCAAAGACAGGUUGACAUAUGAAGAUCUGAUAGUGGUUCAAGAAAAAAUCGGUGCUUACCACAACACUAGAGAUAGGUCAUUAGAAAGCACUGAAAUUGAGAGAGAUUUGUCAAUGUUGGUUAACAUUUUGGAGAUUUUAAAAGAAAUGCGAGAUGAAUUAUCCCAAGAAGAACUUUCUCGUGUUUUAUUUCCAGUUCAGACAAAAUCUAAGAAACUUGUUCUGAAGCAAUCUCUUGAGUGCACUUAUACAGAUGACAAUUCUCUAACAGAUGAAUUCUCAAAAUUGGAGGAUGAUGGAGAAACAGAAGAAGACAAAGAACUUCAUUUUGUUCAUGAAAGGAUUAGAAAAUCCAUUGCAGAGUGCCUUGGUGUUCCUUCCUUGACACGUAGAGUGAUGGAAAGUGGUGGAAUUGUUGAUUUGGAGUUUGAACAAUGGGGGCAAGAGGAACCUCUCACAACAAGGAUACGAAAUCUUUUAGAUGAUUACACAGAUGGUCUGUCUGUAUAUAAAGAAAUGCUACAAAAUGCUGAUGAUGCUGGAGCAAGCUGUAUGAAAAUACUCUACGAUGAGAGAAAAAAUGAGCAAGCAAGAACGGGUUUGAUUGAUAAAGGUAUGAAAGAGUGCCAAGGACCUGCUCUCUGGUUUUACAAUGAUGCCAAAUUUGAAGACAAAGAUUUUCAGAAUAUCAUCAAACUUGGAGGUGGAACUAAAAAAUCGGAAGAGACAAAAAUUGGUAAAUUUGGAUUAGGAUUCUGUUCCGUUUACAAUGUGACGGAUGUUCCCAGUAUUGUCAGUGGAAAAUACCUUGUUUUCUUUGACCCACGAACAAUACAUCUUGAAAACGCUAUCAAGGACAAAUCAAAGCCAGGUCUUCGCAUUCCGAUAUCAAAGGUGGUGAAUAAGUUCCGAAAGCAGUUCAUGCCUUACAAUAAGAUUUUCCAAUGUGAUCUUUCACCAGAGAGUCGUGGGGGAGAGUAUGAUGGUACUCUCUUUAGACUUCCUUUACGCACUGCUAAACAGGCUGCAGACGACCCAAAUGGCAUCUCAACAACGGAGUACAAACGGGGAGAGGUAGUGUCUAUCAUAAAGAAAUUUAUGGAAUCAGCCGGCAAUCUAUUGCUGUUUACCCAAAAUGUGGGAAGAAUAGAGCUACACUAUCUGCAAAGUGAUGAUCCAGAAAAAUGUGAACUGUUGUACUCGGUUGAAAGGAAAAUUGGACAUGGACAAGGCAUGAAGAUUCUUGAAGAGGCCAAACAAAGGAUAGGUGAAGAUAUUAUUCAGACGCAACAAUUUGACAUCGCAGUAGAAGUGAAUACCACUGUCAUCAAAAGCCUAGUGGGAAAAGAUUAUGAGAAUAUGAUGACUGGAUCAACUUCCAAAUGGAUUGUGUCCUGGGCUGUUUCAGAUCUGCAACUAAAUAUUCCAGGAUGUCUUCCUGUAGCCAGUACAGCAAUUCCUCUUUCUUUUUCACUCAAUGGCAGUGGACAAGUACCAUAUGGAUUUUACAACACUGGACAUGUAUUCUGUUUCCUUCCCCUUCCACAAAAAGGUCAAACAUCAGUGCAUCUCAAUGGAUGUUUUGCUGUAGAACAUAGCAGAAAGAGAAUUGUCUCUCCAUCUCCAGACAACGUGUCAGAAGAACGUGCAGACUGGAAUCAUUCUCUGAUGUCACAUGUACUUAGUAUGGCUUAUGUAAAUAUGCUGGAAAAUAUCAAAGAAUGUGCUCAGUUAGAAAACUAUCUGUACUUCACAGCAUGGCCAGUGUCCCUUGAAGGAAAUGAUUUCAACCCUCUUGUGUAUGCAUUUUAUGAAAACGUUUCUCAAAAUGAUUCCAAAGUAUUUUUUUCCAAUGGGAAUUUACUUCAGAAGUUUUCUCUCAAGGAAUGUGUUUUUUUGGAUAGUGAUUUACAAAACGAUUCCAUGGUUGGUGAAACUGCUUUCCAGUGCUUGCAGCAGUUCAAUCCUUUCCAGAGGCAAGUGAUGUACAUGGAUUGUACAAUACAAAAGGAGUUCGAGAAUGCCAACUGUGAAAAAUUCUUGCAAGCACAAAUAUGUUAUGAGAAAAGCUUUCACACACAGGUGUUCCUUUUAAAUCUUCAAAAUGAGUUUUGGAAUUCUGAGAUCCGAAAAGAAGUUCGUAGAAAUCUUCUGAAGCGCAUCCUUAGAAACAAAGAUCUUUUAGAGGUUCGAGAAAAAAUGAAAGAUAUUGAAUGUAUUCCAACAAAGCCAGACGGAUUACUACGAAGACCAUCAGAUUUAAUCAAUCCAUACUCUAAAAUCAUUAGCGACAUGUUCUGCGACUCUGAUAAUAGAUUUCCUGAUGAUGAAUUCAUUUCACCAGAUGUCAUGGAAUCUCUUGUGUAUCUUGGGAUGAAUACAGAUCAUUUGCCUGAUGCAUUAUUGCUUGAAAGAAUACGAAGUGUAAAUAUCUGUGCUCAGAUUGAUUGUGACUUGGCAAAGAACAGAUUUAGAGCUAUAAUGAGAUAUAUGACACAUUGCCGUUUAAGCCCGGAAGUGUUGAAAGAAAUCCAGGGGAUUCCAUUUCUUCCCGUGAUGAUAAAACCAAAGAACUGGCCAUGCAAGUGGUUUUCAACCAGGAAGUUUCAUUUUGCAGCUCCUAAUGACUUGUUCAGGAUGGAUUGCAAGUUCCUGAUAGGAAGUGUUCAGAAAAUUCUGGAUGAAACCAUUGUAACUGAAUCAGAAAAUGCAUUCCCGAAGGAACUUUCAAUUAAGAGCAUGGCUGAUGUGAAGAAUGAUCUUGUUAUUGAUCAGCUUCAAGCUAUUUCAGAAUUACGAAACAGGGUCACAAUUUCUCUUGAAGAAACUACCAAUAUUGAGAGGAUAUGUGAUGUAGUAUAUGAUUAUCUAAACAGGACACCACAAGAUGAUUUGAAAUACUUUCAGAAUUUACCUUGUAUUUGGUUAUCAGCAUCUUUUAUGUUGGUGAAACCAUGUCGCUCAUCACUCUGCAGUUCAGAUGAUGUCCCUCCCUACGUUUACAAAGUUGAUCUCAAGUGGUCCAGGUACAAAUCUUUCCUGCUGAAUGUGGGUGUUCAUCAGCAUGUAGAACCAGAGUUCAUAUUGGAAAUUUUGAAAAGCAUUGAUAUGAAAGAGGGGGAAAUGGUGGACAAUUUGGAUGCUGUUGUCAGACUGUACAAUUUGCUAUCUCGCAGCAAGUGUGUGAAAGGUUUUCCACAGCUUUUACCAGACCAAGGUGGUAUAAUGAGAAAGCCCAGUGAUAUGUGUUAUGAGGAUGGAAAUGAAAAGAUUACAGAUGCCGAUAAACUGGUUUUCACUCAUGCAGAUCUAACAGUCAAAACAUGCAAGAAAUUCAAAGUGCAAUCCAAAAGUGCAAAGUUUAUCCGAAGAUUCUCAACAGGUGUUCCCUUUGGACAAAAAGAAAAACUUGUUACAAGACUUAGAAACAUUUUGGAGGACUACCCAUGUGAUAUUUCAAUACUGAAUGAACUAGUCCAGAAUGCUGAUGACGCAAAAGCAACAGAAAUACAUUUUGUGUACGACCGACAAUCUCACUCUACAAAGGGACUUUUUGACGAAUCCAUGAAGGAUAUUCAGGGACCGGCACUUGUUGUAUUUAAUGACUCAUGUUUCUCUGAGAAAGAUAUUGAAGGAAUAUCAAAUUUAGGAGAGGGCAGUAAAUCUACUGAUCCAAACCAAACGGGUCAGUUUGGGAUCGGGUUUAAUGCUGUUUACCACAUCACCGAUGCUCCAUCUUUCUUGACCAAAGGAGAGCAAACUCCAAAUGGUGGAACCUUGAUUAUGUUUGACCCACAUUGCAGAUACAUACCUGAUGCAACUCAAGAAAGUCCAGGAAUAAAAGUUGAUGAUCUUGAUUGUGUCAAAGAGAAAUACACAGGUACUUACAACACCUAUCUCCAGGAAAAUCUCCCAGCUUCUACAGGAACUUGGUUCCGUUUUCCUCUCCGCACGAGAGAAAUGGCAGAAAAAUCAGAAAUUAGAAAAAAUGGGGAAAUUAAUGAAAAGAUCAUGAAAAACAUUUUAAUGAAAUUUCAAGAAGAAAUGUCCAGAUCUCUGUUAUUCUUGAAUAAUGUACAUAGCAUAAAAUUGUCAGAAAUUAAUGAAGAAGGGAAGAUGUCAACUUGGUGUGAAGUAACUGCUGAAUUUCUUGAAGAUACAGAAUCAAAUGAGAUGAGAUUGUUUCAGUUAAAGUGUGAUCGUGAGUUGCUAUCAUUGAAGAAAGGAGAGAUUGUACUUGGGGAGCGUCCUGGAUUUAGUUGUAAUUAUCGCAUUGCUUUGAACGGUGAAGUUGGUGAACAGCAGUGGCAUGAAAUCUGGGCGAUUUCAAGAGUAUUCGGGACAAUGACAGCAGUGGUGGUACCAGAUUUGUUGAGAAGUGGUUACAGGAUGAAGAGAGUGAACCUUUCACCAAGAGCUGGCAUUGCAGCUUGCCUAGAGACAAAUUUUCCUUUUUCAGAGCAAGACAAUGGUUUUGUUGAUGCUAGCACCAGUUCACCGUUAACUUCCACGGCAUAUUUGCAUUUAGAGGAGCAAGACAGUGAUUCUGUUGACUCUAACAUAAGUUCUUCGUUAACUUCUAAGACAUCCAGGGCAUUUUGCUUUUUGCCAUUACCUGGACCAACUGGGCUCCCAGUCCAUAUAAACGGUCAUUUUGCUCUGAAUUCGAGCCGAACACAUAUCUGGAGAGAUGACCAAGAAGAGCACACUUUAAAGGGUUCAUGGAAUAAAUUGAUAUUAAGUGAUGUUUUGCCAUUUGCAUACAUAACCUCCAUGCAGUUCCACAAGCAGAUCUUGUUUACAGAUUCUUUGUGUAUCCAUGCAGAAAAUAUUGAGAAGUACAACAAAUAUUUCCCAAUCAUUGACCAGAUAAAAGAUGAUAUAUGGAAAACAGUUGUAGAAGCAAUUUACAACAGAGGUCUGUCUCAUGACAUUGCUUUGUUUCCAGUAUUGCUUGAUGAAGAAACAAUCACGUCAAUGAGGAAAACGGACUUCAUUCUUGCAAAAGCGGGCAUGAUCCAAGACCGGAAAAAUUCCGUUGUUGCCUUUGUACCUCUGAAGAGCAAGGAGCAGGAAUUCCCUGCAUACUUUAAUGAAAUAGAAAUGACCUUGGAAAUGAAUCACCAGGUGUCCGAAAAAGAAAGAUUCUCCAAGACCAAUGAGACAAUUGAUGCUUCUAUGAUAGAAAUAAUUCAAAGAAAAAACCAGCAGGAAGCUGCAGAAAUCACCAAACUUCUUAAGAUGCUCGGUCUUAAACUUGUGGAUUCAACAUCUGAAAUAAUGAAAAGUAUUCAAAUGUCUUUAAACGGUGAUUUUAUUCCAAAAGCUGUAGAUGUUCCUGAUGUGAUGCAGUUUUUACGAUCAUGGAACACAAGGCAUGUCGACAAGUGCAGAAUUGAAUCUGUAGAUGUAGAAAUUGGAAAAUCACUGUUGACUGAUGCGACAAAGGUGAAGUUAUUGUUGUCUUAUUGCUUUCAAAAUGGUGGACACAUCAACCAACUUGAAGGAAUUCCAUUAUGUGUCUUGGAAAAUGAGAAAUUGACAUGUUUUUCUAGAUUCUGUCCAAAAAUAGUGUCCGAAUUUUGUCAUCUUCUGAAAAAAUCGAGUGAGUAUUUUCUGCAUAAAAACUUGGUUCCAAUUUUUGAAAAAAGAGUUCAAACUAGCUCCUGUGUUACAAAAUUGACUAUAGCACAGUUUGCAGAGUUAUUAGAACAGAAUAUUUCGAUCAUCUACAGGAGUAAGAACCCAGUGAAGUGGAAUAACUCUGUCAUAGAAGAAAAAUGGAUUCAGGAAGUGUGGCAGUUUCUUUCGACAACAAACAAAACAGCAGAGGAGUGCACCCAAAAUCUGUCAGAUUGGUGUCUUGUUCCUGUUCAAACCAGGUCAGGGCAAGCUUAUCUCUAUCCCUUGUGCUUAGCCUAUGCUGUUCUCAGUACUGCUUUUAAAUGGGAAGAUGGAACAAUAUCAUACAUAAUAUUUGGAAUGCAGUUUCCAAGAUUAAUGAACUUUGAUUCUUUUAGAAGCAAGAAUCUUCUGAAUUAUUUGUGUGCUUCAGAAUCAACACCAUAUAACUUACUGAGGAUGUUUCAGUAUCACAAAGAGAUGUAUCGUGAAAGCAUAUCCGCCAAGGAUGCUGCUAAGGUGUUGCACUUUUUGCUGGCCAAAUUACACAUUACUGUAAAAAGCAAAGAUCCAAGGACUCUACAACUUUUCCGAGACACAUGCCUCUUUGAAACUCUAGAUGGCUUUGUCACGGAUUUGCAAGGGAAUAAGAAAAUAAUCUGCCUUAAAGACACUGAAGCUAUGCCAUUGGAAAGUCUUCAUUCAGUGUGUCAGCGCUUAGAAAUUACGAUUCUCAAGAGGAAAGACUUGCUGGAAGAUUUUGAUGUCUAUCUCAUGACACAGGAAGACUUUUAUGUUGAAAUUUUUUUGAAGCAGGCAAGUCGUUUAGAGAAUUUCAAUAUCAUGACUCACAUGCAAUACAUCAGAGAUGCAAAGUUAUAUUUGCAUGGUCGCUCACAAGAGAUGAAGAACUUGUUGUCGGGUAUAGAAUGGAUUGAAAAUGAAGAGACUGGAGAACCUCAAAGUGUUUGUGACUUUUAUUCACCGUAUGUAAGGGUUUGUGAUCUUUUAUGUUCUAAAAAAGAUUUAUUACCCUCAAAAUUCCAUAGUCGGGAAUGGAAGAGUUUCAUGGAAUUCUCUGGAAUCAAAACAAAGGUACCGUUUGAUCAGUUGCUUGAGUUUGGUAAGCAGAUUGAGAGGUCAAGUAAUGUAGACGGAUAUGUUGCAGAGAAAUCUCAAGUCCUCAUUGGUUACAUUUUACAACACAAGAAAAUGGAAGAUAUGGGAUUUCCUUCCUUUAUGAGAAAGUUUAGAAAAAUUAAAUGUGUGAUUCCAUUCCAAGUAUUACCAGAAUAUACAAGCAUACUUCCUGAGCAUGAACAUUGUGGACUUAUUUGUUUUGAAGGAUCAGUGGUGUCCCGAGUUUGGGAAAUUAUGUGGUCACGGUGCGACAUUGUUCCAACAGAAACCAUUGGAAGUAUCGACAGAGAUAUUCUUGGAAUUAAGUCUGUACCGGAUGUCAGUGAUGUGAUAAAUCACAUUCACACUCUUUGUCGAGAAUUGAGAACAAGACAAUGCAUAAUGGGAUUUUCAAAGAAUUUAAUGUGGAAAAUUUACAAAACAUUGCAGAAAUUGUUGUCUAACUCGUGUAAUCGUAAAUUUAUCACUGAAGAACUGAAAAGAGGACUGACGGAGACACCAUUCAUAUACAAUAGUGCUAAAGACAAAUUCUUUCAUCCAUAUGAAGUUGUGUUACAUCUCGACACGGGAAAGUGUAUAGACAGUUACCUCUACAGAGGACCGGAAGAAUGGGGCAGUUUUUACGAAAUGUUCCGACAGAUAGGUGUGGAGGAUCAGCCAGGAUUUUAUCAUUACUUACGGUUGUUUUACUCACUGCAUAGUAAAACAUCUUCAAAUACUAUGACUCCAUAUGAAUUGGGUGUUGCCAAGAAAGCCUUAAAGGGGUUAGUGGCGUCUCUUCAAUCUGAAACUCUGGAAUACCUUCAGCUUCCACAGAUAGUUGAUUUGUAUCUGCCUUCAGAAAGCAACAAACUUAUCUUGUCAACUGAACUUGUUUUGUGUGAUCGAGUAUCUUUUAAAAGAAGAAUUCCGGCUGACUUUCCAAUAGAUUAUGUGAAGACAGACUCAAAAGAGACCAUAGAAUUGUUAAAGACACUAGAUCACCAACUCAGACCAAAAUUGAUGUCGCAGCUUUUUCACGAGGAGUCCCUUAUAGGGCCUGAAUGUGCGGAUAAUGGAAUGUUGUAUGACCUUAGAAGAUUGUUCCAGUCAGAGACGUUUUUGAAUGGAAUUCUUGGUUACAUUCAGAUGAAGAAGUCUUCAAGCAUCAAAGAGACACAGAAGUCCAGAAUUAAGCAUGCAUUUCAAACUACACGGUUCAAAACAGUUUGUACGCUUCAAACAGUUUUAAAUUACAAUGGAACUCGGUAUGAUUCAACAAUUGAAGACAAGUUUAUAUACUAUUCAAAAUCUGAAGAGAAAAUGAUUAUUUAUUUGAGAAAUGAUCCAUCUCUGACUUCAUUUGAAAAGUGUUUUAAGGUAUGGAAAAACAAGCUGUGUCAAGUUGUGUGUCUAUGCUCUGAGUGGUUGCUGUCAAGAGAGGAGGAUUUGGUUCAGGGACUUCUUCAAACCGAGUCUGAUUCCGACAUUUUGGAUAUUCUUGCAAAACAUGAAGUGAAGUUAAUGUCAGAAACUUGGUCACCACAACUAGGCUCACACAUACCCUUGGACCAGCAUGAUUUGCUUGACAAUGGAUUUUUUGUCUUUGUGGAAGAAGAAAUUGUCGCAUAUGAAAGAAUUGACCCAGUGGCAGACCACAACAGUGAUGGCAAUAUAAGGGUACUGGACUCUGAGUUUAUUUAUGUGCGUGUAGUGAAGAAAGAAGAUGACUCAUCAGAGGAGUUCCCCAUGUACACAGUGUUUGAUGGCAGCCAGGAUAUAUCAGUACGUUCAAUUAAACUUUAUAGAAUUAUUCGCAACACUGAAGAACAGUCAGCAGACCUGGUACCUUUUAGCACUCAGCGGAUUCGAAGUGAGGGCACAGACAAAGACAGAAUUUUUGCAGAUAUCAGAAGAAUGUUAAUCGCUGCAUGGAAAUUACCAAGGUCAGACAGAAGGAAAGUCAUCAAACGACUACUUUUGCAAUGGCAUCCAGAUAAAAAUAAAAAAAAUCCUAAUGUGGCAAAGGAUGUAACUCAGUUUAUCCUGGAUAUAAUUGGAAAAUUGGAACGAGGAGAGAUUGGAAUAGAAAAUUACUCAUCAGGAUACAGUACUAGACAUCGAUCUUCUCAUCACUAUGGUACGCCAUCAAAUGAGUGGUACACUUUCCAAGAAACAGUUAACAAAUGUAGCAGCCGAAGACAGCGGAAUAGAAGAGAAUAUUAUUACAGAUGCUCUGGGGGUAGUGAAUACAGCAAUUUUGGUUAUCAUGGAUAUCAGUAUUAUGACAGAUGCUCUGGAGGUAGUGGAAACAUGCCGCCAAAUCCACAACCAGCUGUUGCUCUGCAGUGGUUGAGGCAGUCUAAGUAUGACUGUAUUGCAGCACGUCAACAACUGCAGGCCUGUAUAGCGUCACUAAAUGGUGGGGAUGAAGUGAAAACAUGGAACUGGAUAUGCUACAAAUCUCAUCAGUCGUGCGAGAAGGCAGUUAAAGCUAUGAUGUAUGGUAAGGAUGCCAACAUUGCCUCUAGACACCAGACCACCCAUGAUUUGUCGUCCUUGUCAUCGGCUCCAUCCUCUUCAGGAUCCGUUCAAGCCUUGGUGAAUCAGUUUUCUAACAGCGUCACCAAUCUUCACACAACAAUGAGAUACCCCAACGGUGGACAAAUACCCGGGGACCAGUUUACCCGUCAGCAGGCGGAGGCAGCUGUAGAAAUUGCAGCGAGAUUGAUUGAGGAAUGUGAAAACUGUUUGGGAUGAUGUUGUCUUUGAUUAUAAGUGUCAUUAUGUUUGUUGAACGUGUCAUAGUGUUCACAACCAGUGGGAAAACAAUAUUUGUUGUACUAUAUAUGCUGUUGUUUCUUUUAACUUUUAUUGUAAUAGAUACCAACAACUGUUCAAAAUAGACUGUACUAUUAUAUAACGUUAUUGAAUCCAUGUCAAUAGACUGUGAGGGAACAGUACUAUUAUAUAACGUUAUUGAGUCCAUGUCAAUAGACUGUGAGGGAACAGUACUAUUAUAUAACGUUAUUGAAUCCAUGUCAAUAGACGGUGAGGGAACAGUACUAUUAUAUAACGUUACUGAAUCCAUGUCAAUAAACUGUGAGGGAACAGUACUAUUAUAUAACGUUACUGAAUCCAUGUCAAUAGACUGUGUGGGAACAGUACCAUUAUAUAACGUUAUUGAAUCCAUGUCUUGGGUCUUUUGAUAUAAUGUGAUUAAGGCUUGAUACACUAACCUAAGAUAUUUAUUGGCAAUAAGCCCAUGUCAGACAUUUUGUUCUUUCUGUGGAGAAAUAACUCAACCAUUAUAAAUGUAGAACAUAUGCAUGUGCUUGUUUUAGAGAAAAAGGUUUCCCUAAACUUAAAUUCUCUGAAUGGAACAUUUGAGUUGAGGUGAAAAGAUUUCAAGGGGAUUUAAAUACAGUACAACCUUAUCAGGCGACAUUCAACCGGUCACUGGAAUAAUAGCCAAAAUGACAAAUCUGUAACAAUGGAAGAUAAUUAUAUUUGGAAACAUUGCAGUGUAUCGAAUCUCAUUAAACACAUUUUAACUAACAUAAUCCGUAUUUUUGGGGCGAGUAAGUUGUAAUGUUUUGCAUAACAUGAUUUAAAUUAACACAGGAAGUGAUGUGAUGUGUGCACCGAUGUUCUAAAUUUAGCAUAUUACAGUGUUUGUACAUCCUUCUAAGAUCUGUAGGUAUAAUGUGGUUUGGUAUUGUUACUUUUCAUCUUUGAUGCAGAUGUUAUUAUGUACUUUGAUAUACAUUUGAACUGUGUUUAGGGAUCUGUUUACUUUUACACAUAUAGUAUUAUUCUGGUAUACAUGUAGAGUUUGUUACUAUCUGCUUUAUUUUGUUGCGUUUUGAGUUUUAGCUCACCUGAAGUUUUGGCUUGGUGAGGGUUUUUUUUUUCUGAUCUAGUCUGAAGUCUGUCAGGCAUAAACUCUUUGGUUAUUUACUUUUAUUGAAAUGGAUAACCAACCAACCCCCCCUUAUAAAGGCAAAAGGAAGAAGUAUGAAAUUAAAGUGGAAAAAAUUCAUCAGUGGACUAGGUUUGCCUUGGACCUAAAUAAAAGCUGAAUUCCUCACUCAUUGAUUAUAUAGGACUACAAGGGCACAGUUUCUAAUGAUUAUGUACUAGGUUUUAUUUAACUAUUUCUUUUGUAUCUUGGAGUCAGGACAAAGCCUUUAAUGGACCUGGGGUGUUUUACUUUGGAGUAUACUGAAAAAUUGUAUUCAAAUCCUUUCGGUAAAACCCAUGAGGAAAGCAUUUACCUUUUUCGGUGUCGACUCAAGUUUGUUUGAACUUCUGAUGACCCCUGGAUCCACAACAGGGGGUUUAGGUGUUAGAUAGAAACAUAAGGGAAUAAUACCCUUUAAAUACAAGCAUGAAGAGAACAGUUCGUCAAACUGGGUAUGGGAGCAUGCAUCUGCAGGAACAGAUCCAGAAUUUUUCAAGAAUGAUAGUUGUUAGAGUUAACCAGGAAUUGGGGAGAUGCUGUCCAUCUCAUUCUGUAUCUGCCACUGGACUGUAUCGUGCAGUCAGACCUAGGCAUGGUCCAGGAUGCGUCUACAAUAAGGGUUUUACACAAUAGUUAGUUUAUAUAAUCCUUCUCUUCAAAACAUGUAGGUACAUUUUGUCAAUAUAGCAAACAGUUUAAAGUGAAAUUUUGAUUAUCUGACCAGUACAGGUCCAAGUUGAGGUUAGCAGUUUUUAUUUAUUUUCUAAGUUAACGUAUUCAAUGCGCAGGUGAGCGAUGUGGAAAGUAGGUAUCUUCCUCUACAGACUUAUUGUAAUUGUGUCUUUUUAUGUCAUUACAUCAUAAUAAAAAUGAGAAACAUG